AUGCUCCCUGACCAGGUCCAUGAGUUCCUCCAGCACCACGGUGGAGACACGGCUGUCGAGCACAAAGCUGACCUUUUGCAGCUCACCGGCGGCAACGUAGGGAAGUUGGAGGAGCUUGCCAAGAACCUGAAGAUCCAGACCUUCGAGCAGGUCCGGCAGGAAGCCGUCGGCGAGCAGGAGCAGCAGAUCCUGGGCUUCCUCGGCAUCGAUGCGCAGGGCGGCUUCGGGCCAAAAGAGGUCAAGGCCGCCAAGGAGGUGGCCCGCCGUGUGGCUGACGCCCCGUUUCACCAGUGCGUGAUGUCCAAGGACUUCAGGGCACGUUUCACCAGCAAGCACCUAGCACAGGCGGUGAAGGCGCAAGGCACCCACUGCAUCUAUGUCAAGGCCACCACUAAGGCGGAUGAGCGGUUUUGCGCAGCGUCGCCGUCGGUGCACGCUCUGCUCAACCAGAUGGCCCCUGCUCUUGAAAGUGACACGAAGCCCAAACGCUGGAGAAUCUUCUGA